CUUAAUAAAUAUAUUUUUUCAUUAUUAUUACAAAAGUGACAUUUAAUGCACUCAAGAGUUCCAUAUUCCAGCAGUUAAAGCAGUAAAUCAACAAGAUCUUACAACUUUUACAGAGAAAAUGUGUCCUGAAGGAUGGAGGAAGUCUGGUUGUUCCUGUUAUCUCCUCUCUACUGAGAAAGCUUCCUGGGAACAAAGCAGACAGCACUGCACAGCCAGAGGAGCAGAUCUGGUGAUCGUAGACAGUUAUGAAGAACAGGAAUUCAUCACCAGCAUGAUCAAUAAACAAACUUGGAUUGGUUUGAAUGACACAAAUCAAGAAGGGACCUGGAAAUGGGUCGAUGGAACUCCACUGACUCUGACGUACUGGGGAUCGACCUUUGAUAAUGGCGGUGCAGCGCUUGGUGAAGAGGACUGUGCAAGUCUUGUAGAUGGAAGGGAAAUCAGAAAAAACUGGAAUGAUCUGCGGUGUACUAGCCGUCUGCAAUGGAUCUGUGAAAAAAAUGCUUAACUUGUGGCUGUGAGGCAGUGGGUUUGUCUUCAAAUAGGAUGGCUGUGGGUUCAACCCCAGCUCAUGCCAUCAAUAUGUUAAUGUAUCCCACUUAACCCCAAAUUGCUCUCUUGGCCAAUGUGUGAA